CACUGACUUCCACUCUGCACCCCGCGGCUGUCCUGCGCUGUACCAACAUCACAUAUCCUCCCGCUCCUUUCAUAUCCACCCUUCAUUAUGCGCAUAUGGUAUACACUUCUGCUGCUCUGCGUUCCUAGUCUCGUCCUCGCGUCAGCAGGCGAUCGCGCAGAGAACUACAGAAACUGCGUGUCCAAGUGCGAGUCCCGCGUGUGCAAGGAUAAUUGGAAUGCCUGGGCGGACACCGUCCCCCUUCCAAUGCGACUCACCAGAUGGACGUGCUCUGAUGACUGCAAGUACGGCUGCAUGCACGCCAUCACGGAUCAUGCAGAACAAAACGCGCUGCCCGUCGAGCAAUACCACGGCAAAUGGCCGUUCUGGCGACUAGCGGGCAUGCAGGAGCCUGCUUCCGUCGCGUUCUCUUUGCUCAACCUCCUGGCCCAUUACAGAGGGCUGCGGAGGAUACAGAGGAAUAUACCUCAGAAUCAUCCGAUGAAGGGCUACUACCGGCGCUUCGCGUUCGUCAGUAUGAACGCUUGGGCUUGGUCGUCGGUGUUCCACACCCGAGAUCUCCCAACUACCGAGAAGAUGGACUAUUUCUCGGCGGCAUUGGCCAUCCUAUACGCGCUGUACUACACCGUUGUGCGGCUAUUCCACCUGUACAAGUCCGAAGCCGGCGGGUACGAAGUCCGGCGCAGCUCAUCCCUGCCAUACAUUGUAUGGUCAUGUCUUUGCUCCUUCGCAUAUCUUGUGCACGUGUCCUACCUCUCCCUCCUCCCUCGGUUCGACUACACGUACAACAUCGCCUUCAACCUCACCGCCGGGAUGAUCCACAAUCUGCUGUGGCUAGCAUAUUCGCUCCCAUCCUCCGUGCUCCUCCUCCGCCGGUUCCCACACAGGCCACGGUCCUACCGCCCGCCGUACGCCUCCUCCACGGCGCUCUUCGUCAUGUUGACGAUCUUCGCGACGUCGCUCGAGCUCUUUGACUUUCCUCCGUGGGGGCGCAUCAUUGAUGCUCACUCGCUGUGGCACCUGUCAACAGUGCCCAUUGCGAUCUUUUGGUACGAGUUCUUGAUCUCGGACGCGCUCGACGCAGGGUGGAAGGUGGAGAAAUCGUAGAGAUGAACACACAGAAUCGAGUGCUAAACGCAGUCUCGACAUACACUGCCUGCUCCCGUCCUACUGUUGCAUUUCAAUAGACGCGCAUGCGCCAGAGCUUCCGGCAUCGCGUUCACGCCGCCGUGG